UUCCCAGCGUCGACCCCUUUCUUGGGCGAUAGCGCUGCGGCGUUGCAGUGCUGGCUUCUGACCGAUCCACGAGGGGAGCUUGUCAACAAGUCAAAACGCAUCUCUGGCAGAUCCAGUGUGCCAUCAUGUUCCCAAGAAUGCUGUGGGCUAUUGUUCUCAGGAGACACUGCUCUCUUCUGCUCAUCAUCUUGAUGGGGGGAUUUGUCUGGCUCUUGUUGUUCUUGGGUUUGUUGAGUCAAAUCAAUUCGAGGUUUCGGCGCAGUGCCGCAGUAUUGACCUUCCUUUGGAGGCGCUUUUCUUGCAAACAUGAAGCUAUCUGCUGCGUCCACCUCGGACAUGAGGCCUUCAUGAGAAAGGAGAGCUCUCUUAAUGACGGGUGUUCGCUUGGUGUCGUUGGGUGUUGCUCUGGCUACAGCUUGGCUCGGCAAGUCCCCCAGCUCUCCGUGAUCAACGUCGCCGAAGGAGGCAAAGUCGAAGGGCGGUUCAUGCCGGUAACCGGCUGGCGAUUGAGGAGGCAUACCGGACGAGGCCUGUUGCUCAGGAUUCCUGAACCUGAUUCUGUGCGGACGUUCCCAGGUUACUUUACGGGAGAGGAGCAAAAGUGUUGGGCUCAGAAUGAUGCAGAGCAGAUGAUGAUAAAAAAGAGAUGCUCUCUUGAGGGAACUACGGACUACCUUACCAAACUCUUCUUUCUAGCUGGACGGGGCAGGAACCAUGGCCGUCAUCGCAUUCCUUCCCUCUAGUGAGGCAGAAGGCAGGAGCGACGGUUCUAAUCCCACAGAUGUUCAAUCAGGCAUAUGAGUAAGGUAGAAAAUCGGAGAGUGAACAUUCGAGUAAUUGGAGAGUGAAUCGGCAUACGAGCUCGUGGAGAUUCCCCGGUUUGCCCUGGGGUGCUAUUUUGACUUUCUGCAUGUGUUGUAACUUGUCCCCCCACUGAAGCCUGGU